AUGCUGUUUUUCCAAACCCUCCUAACCUGGGGCGGCUUCGUGGAGUACCAGUACACCCAUCUUGGCUAUGUGGAUGACACCCUGUUCAUGGGAUACAACAGCAGAGCAGACAAGCCAAUGAUGAAACCCCGUGCUCCGUGGAUGCAUCAGGAGAAGCCAGAGUUUUGGGAGUAUGAGACACAGAGAGCUUUGAAUCUCACAAAGCAAUUAACGGAAGAGCUGAACGCAGUGCUGCACAUCUACAACCAGAACAAAACUGGAUAUCACACGGUCCAGAUGAUGCAUGGAUGUUCGGUGCUGCUUGGAGGGUACUUCCGUCGCGGAUACUACGAAUUAAACUAUGAUGGCCGUGACUACAUUGCCCUGAAUGAGGACCUGAGCACCUGGACAGCGUUUGGCAAGGCAGCAAAAAUCAUCAGGUACCAAUGGAAAAUAUGGGACUUUGCAGAAUCACUGAGGACAUACCUAGAGGAAACCUGUGUGGAGAUUCUCCAGAAACAUCUGGAGAAAGGGAAGGAGAUUUUGCUGAGAACAGACCCUCCCCAAACACAUGUGACCCAUAAUGCCAGCACUGAUGGGAAAAUCACCCUGAGGUGCUGGGCCCUGGACUUCUACCCUGCUGACAUCACCCUGACCUGGCAGAGGGAUGGGGACAAUCAGACACAGGACGUGGAGGUGAUGGACACCAGGCCUUCAGGGAAUGGGACCUUCCAGAAGUGGGCAGCUGUGGUGGUGCCUCCUGGGGAGGAGCAGAGAUACACCUGCCAUGUGAAUCAUGAGGGGCUGCCUGAGCCCAUCACCCUGAGAUGGGACCCUCCUCAGCUCCCUGUCCCCAUCAUGACAAUUGUAAUUGGCCUGGGUCUUGGAGCUGUGCUAAUGGGAGCUGUGGUGACUUUUCUCAUAUGGAAGAGGAGGACUAAAAGUAAGAAAGGGUCAGGGUCUGAGUUCUUGUCUCUGUGGGAACACCAAGCCCCGCUGAGAAUGUGCCCUGACAUGUGA